UUACCUUCGUUUACCUGGUCAGAGCAGGAUAUGUUUGAGACCAGUUCCAUUAUAACUUUAUUAAAGUUGUAUGGUAAAGAAAUUUCUAAAAUUUAAUUUAGAUUGGGUUAUUUAUCGUGUAUCAAACGUAUGCAUAUUAACAAUAAUUUUAGUGUUAGAGGUGUUGUGAUCUUGCAUUGAAAUUACCAUCGAAUUUUGUGUUCGGUUUAAGAUGGGAUCUCGAGUUGGAGGAUUUAAUUCGGCUGGUUUGCCAGCUGAUAAAGCUCUAGCAGGAGUUCCCCGAUUGUUAGAUGAUUUGCAACGCCUCUCUGAAGAUACAGAUUCAGCAGAUAUUGUUUUUAUUCUUGGAAGAGAAGAAGAGCGGGUAUAUGCACAUCGAGUAAUUCUUAUGGCUAGAUGCAAGAGUUUUCAAACAGCCAAACGCGGUGAAGUGUGUCGCAUUCCAGGAUGUUCAGUCUCUCCAGCAGCUCCAGGAACCCCAACACCUGUGCGACUACCUCAGGCGCCUCCUGACACGUUCAAACAGUUUCUUCUUUAUGUAUACACAGGAAAGAUACUGCUACAAGACAGUGGUGUUUUCGAAAUGUUGGCUCUUGCUCAAGAACUGGGAGUGGAUGAAUUGAGAAAUGCUUGUGAAGAUCAUGUCACUUCUACUUUGUCUGUAGCUUCAGCGUGCACAUUUUUGGCCGCUGCGAUGGAUAUUCAAAAUCGUUCUCCGGGAGGUAAAGCAGCUACAGGUUUUGUUGAACGUUGCGUCAGCUACAUAGGCGAAAAUGCUGCAGAAUGUGUUAAAACAAAUUCAUUUCUAUCUCUUCCAAAAGAAGCGGUCUUGAAAUUAAUUUCCUCAGAUUAUCUUUGUUUGGAAGAAGAGGAUGUGUGGAGAGCUAUCCUAAACUGGGCAAAAUAUCAAGCUGGAGUAACCCAACCAACAGCCCACUGGACUGAAGAAGAAAGAGCCAGAGUGUGCCAACACCUCUCGCAUGUGAUAUCUCAUGUUCGCUUGCUUCUGAUUGACAGCCAAGUCUUCGCUGAAGAAGUUGAACCAACUGGGGCCGUUCCAAUGGAGCUCAGCUUGGAAAGAUACAGACAUGCAGCGCUUCCAAGCAAAUAUCCUGAGGGAGCAGAGGACCAGCGACUGCGUCCAAGAAUAUCGCCACAUUUAUUUCCAGGAUCGUUAAUUCUGGGCCAAGACAAGAGUCACUAUCAAAGAGUGCUGAAUGCCUGGUUUGGUAACCCCAAACAGAGUUGGAGAUUGAUUUACAGGGCCAGCAGUCAUGGAUACUCUGCAUCAGCUUUUCACAGACAUUGUGAUGGAAUUUCGCCUACUUUUGUCAUAGUCCUGGGUCCAAGAGGGGAAAUCUGUGGUGGGUUCAGUGAUGCAGCGUGGGGCCGACCUCCAGGAAAAAGUCACUAUGUCGCCUCAGAGCGGGCUUUUCUCUUCACUCUUUACAAUCACCAAGACUUGCCACCCACACAGUUUCAUCUAGUGAAGAAACCGUUUGCCAUUUGUUACCACCCAGAUUCAGGGCCGAUAUUUGGAGCCGGUGCUGAUCUCCUAAUUUCAAACAAUUGUAACAGUAAUAUGGACAGUUACUCAAACUUGCCUCACACCUAUGAUGGAGAUGGGGCCUCACCUGCUGUUUUGAUGGGCGAUUAUAAUUUUACCGUCACCGAUUACGAGGUUUUUACUCCAGUUAAUUCGUCCGGAAAACACCAUAAAAACGAAAGAUAUUGAUCGUAUUCUUGUAGUUUUUGUAACAAACCUAUUUAGUUGUAAAUAUAUAAACUAAUUUUC